CACGAAUUGUGGAAAUUGCAAAGCAAAGUCCGGAGAGCCCGGUAUAUGUUUUCAAAUAUAAGUAUCAACAAUUCAAGCCUCUAGUUUGCCUCCAACGGGGUGUUGCAUAAAGCUCCCUGUCUUUGAAAACUGAAUAUGGCACCUAUCAGGCUAGGAGUCGUUGGCCUCUCCACCCGAGGUUGGGCAUCGCAAGCACUCAUUCCACCCAUCUUCACGCCGCCUCUGUCAUCCCUGUACACGCUCACCGCGCUCUGCACGUCCUCAGAAGCGUCGGCGAAAGCUUCGGUAGAGAAAUAUUCCGGCCUCGCCGGCCAUCCUGUCAAGGGAUACUAUGGAGAGAAAGGACCCGAGCAGUUGGCGAACGAUCCCAACGUUGACAUGGUUGUGGUCAGCGUAAAGAUCCCUGAUCAUCUCAAAACGGUAACGCCCGCAAUAGAGGCCGGGAAGAAGCUCUUCGUCGAAUGGACGCUUGGUAACGGUGCUCGCGAGACUGAAAUGAUCGCAGAAGCCAUCAGAAGCAAGAACCUCGAGUGUUUGAUUGGUGCCCAGGCAAAACAGAGUAAGACGGUCAGGAAGGUCAAAGAACUCGUUGAUGCAGGAAAGAUCGGGCGGAUCCUUUCAACUUCGGCGAUUGUCAGCGCCGCGCCCGCAGAAGCGAAUAUCUGGGGGCCAAUAGUAACACCAGAUGCAGAGUACGCCAGCAGUGUUAACAAUGGUGCCACUCCGCUGACUGUUGAAAUCGGACACUUCCUCGUUGCUUUGACGGAUGUUCUGGGCGACUUUAGUCAGGUUUGCGCCAAUGGCGCCGUCAGGUUCCCCACCGCCAAAGUGAUCACGUACGACGGACAGCCCACCGGGAAGAGUAUUCAAAGUACCUCACAUGACCAAGUAUCGCUCUCGGGCAUUCUUUCCGGGAAACCGCACAGUGAAGGCGCAUUUGUCAACAUACACUGUCGUUCCGGGUUAACGCAUUCAGGAGAGGGCGGGAAGGGACGUCGCCAGUUCAUUUGGGUCAUCGAUGGCGAGGACGGGUCGAUCGAGGUGCGGUCCCGAGAAGCAGACGGACCGUACGCAUUUUCUCUGACUAUUGCCGACAUCGAGGUGUUCUUGAAUGGUGUUGAGGUACCGUUGGAUGAGAUCGAAGAGGACAAGCUGGGAAAUACAGGAAAGGCAUGGUUGCACUUCGCGAAUGGUGAUGAAGGGAAAUAUCCGACGAUCAAUGAUGCCAUUAGAUUGCAUCGCGUGUUGGACGCUGCGCUACUCAGCAUUCAGGAGGGACGGAAAGUAAAGGUGUAAUAGACCCACAAAAUCAGUCAAAUGUUUCUAUCCGAAUAGUUGUAUCCUUUCGGCCGAAAACAAAGUGAAGGUCUCAUCGAGGUUUCAUCAAUUCAACGACGGGUGGCAUAUUGUUCGAGACGUGGAUGAAGUAUGAGAAUAGACCUAAGAAAUAGGCACUAAUAUAGUCCCGAAUUAGACAUGGAACAUCUGGACUGGCAGGGAAACCAUCGAGAGGCCGUCACGGAGAAAAAAAAAAGUUGUUAUGCGUCUGUUGCUCUAGAUCCC